AUGCAGUCUACAGCCGUAUUCUCGUCGCCGUCAACGGCAUCAGGCCGUUUCUACAAGCUCUGCGCCCAAAUACUACAACCUUCGACUCGGCGACACCAAUCGUCCUAUCGUCGGGCAAGAUCGAAGCUCAACGUGAAACCAGAUGCUUCGUUCUUGCCUUCCAAGACCGAGCAACACGACCACAUCCUCUUCAAUCCUCCUCCGAGCAUGCCCAAUGUCUACCACACGCCCAAUAUUUUUCUCCCCGACAACGACCGAAGGAAAAUCAUACCGGACCGCGAGACUCGCGAGGCACAGUUGUUGCUCAGCGAGCGCAUACCUGCUAUUAAAGGACAGCAAGAGAAGAGAUACCACCUGACAGCGAAGGAUGUGGAAGAGAUGAGGGCCCUGCGAAAAGCAGCUCCGUUAGAAUGGAGCGUCAACAAACUAUCCAAAAAAUUCGACUGUUCUCCAAUAUUUGCCAUGUAUGCCACGGAAGGGCUCGCACCAGAAAAACAAGAGAUGCAGAAGACAGUAACCAAGAUUGUCAAGUCGAGAUGGGGAAAGAAGAGACGAGAGGCACGCGAGGAUCGAGAACUACGUAAAGAGAAGUGGUACAGGGACGAAUAA